AUGGCUACGAUGGUUGAAUCCGAGGUAUUGACCUCUGUAUCCACCACAGAGCAACAGCAAGCUCUUCCCAAAGACGACACAUACGGCAAAUACUAUCCCACCGACCCAAAGAAUCUCAGCUUAGAGUCCAAUUUUGGGCCCAUGGACCCGGAGAGAAUUGGUUACUUGCAGCCGACUUCGAAGGAUACCCCACUGGAAAUCAUGCGAGAGCGAUUUAACCGUGAUGGCUAUCUUCUGGUAAAAGGCCUCCUCCCCAAAGAGCCCGUCCUCAAAUGCCGCCGCGAAUACUUCGAGUAUAUGUCCCCAUCCGGCCUCCUCAAGCCCGGCACGGAUACGGUCGAAGGAAUCUUCAGCGAAAAGGACAGCCGCAAGUACCUCCCACCAGGGAACCUCCGCCGGCUUUUCGGACUCAAGGAUGACGAAGAGUCGGAAAGAUACCUGGAGCUGAUGAUCAGCGCACACAAGGCUCAAUUCUACCUCGGCUUCUGUGAGAUAGAAGAGCUGCGAGCAUUUAUCCGACGGUUCGCUGGAUGGGAACACAUUACCAUGUUACAACGGACGCUGUUGAGAGCAUUUGUUCCAGAUAGCGAGCUCACACCCGUUCACUUCGAUCAGAUGUAUCUCCGUGCCGGCCCACCUACUAGUCUCACAGCGUGGGUGCCUAUUGGGGACAUCUCUCUUGAAGGUGGUGGGUUGAUGUAUCUCCAAGGUUCGACUGAUAUUGGACAGAAGACGGAAGAGGAGUUCAGUCGCAACGCAGGUAAUCUAACGGAUGAGGAGCGCGUGUCUGCUUUCAAUAAGAAUAUGAAUGACGGUGGUUUCUUGAGUCGAGAUACAGUUGAUUACGGACAAAAGGUUAAUCGGAAGUGGCUGAUCGGGGAAUAUGAGGUUGGGGAUGUUAUCUUCCAUAAUCCCUGGAUGGUCCACGCUAGUUGCAAGAACAAAGAUCCCGAAAGACGGAUUCGAUUGGCAACUGAUUUGAGAUUUGUGGACUCUACGAAGCCGUAUGAUAAGCGCUGGAUGAAGGUCUUUCGACCACUAGAUGGGCUUUGA